UCCCAACGCCCAGCCCCUUCCUUUCCUCCAGAUAAAAAAAUCUGAUAAAGACAAGAAAGAACAGAAGAAAUGUUGAAGGCUGCCCAAUCUCCAUUAUCCGACCACCAGAUCCAACGGCCGAAAAGUGGCCGGAAGCCACUGCAGCCAAAGAAUUCUCCGGCCACUCCUGUUGUCAUCACACCCCACCAAAAACCGAAGCAAAAUGCUGCAACUGAUCGGAUUGAGGUGUCAGUGUUGGAUAAUGACUCGAACAAGGAGAAUGUGAAUCCCCUUUUUGCCACCCCGGUGAAGAAUGAAGAGUUCAGGAUCGAACAAUUCGAUUCGUCCCUGGCUGAGGAGCUGAGUGCCAUUCGCGAGAAGCUCGAGAGGUUGAGGAUAGAGAAGGAGAAGACGGAGAAGAUGCUCAGUGAGAGGGAUUUGGUUCUUGAUUUGCAGAUGAAUGAGUUGCACAAGAGAGGCGAAGCUCAGAAGAUGCUCGAAAUCGAGGUUGAUAGGCUGUAUCGAUUGAAGCAGCUCAAGUUAUCUUGCAUGGGCAUUUCGCCAAUCCGAUCGCUGAGAAAUAAGGCAAAAGAAAAGGGCGAGGGAACGAAAACUGAUUACAGGGAUGAAGUUAACCAGGAGGAAAGCCUGUGAAGCUGAGAUCAGAAAUUAAUAGAGACAUGCAACUGGCAACAUAAUAUUGCCUGCAAAUUGAAAUUUGACAGGCACGAAUUAUAUAUAUAGCUCCUUUUUAACAAUUUUUGUCUAGUGGAAGAAGCAAAAGGGGAUGUGAAAACUGAAAACUGGUGUGGCAGCUAAGUGGUGGCACAAUACAUCAUUGUAUAGUUUCUAACAGAGCUACUAUCUCUACUGUAGAGAAAGAAGGAAAACAAAAAGUUUAUCUAAUUACUGUUUAUGUUUAUUUCUCUGUGUAUUUUCUCUUUAGAUUGGCUCUCUCAACGGAGGAAAAGAAAUUAUAAUAUGUUGCAGAUUAUCAUAAAAGCUUGAUGGAAAGAUGCAGGGCCAAGAAAAGAAAAGAUUAACUGGGAUGUCAUUGACAGCAUAUUAAGUAUUAACAGAUCAAUCAACAAUCAGUACCUUUAGUUCACCUAUCUGGGCUGGAUGAGAUGUCGUUUUGUUCAAAAUAUAUCGUGUUCCAUUUGUGAGAAGCAGUUGCUUUGAUGUGCUAAUCAAGAAAUAUUGCUUCAAUUCUCUGCUUGGAUAAUUUCUUGUCUUACUAGCAGUCUAGCAUAGUUCAAUUUUGAUGUCAGAGGAUAUGUUUCCUCUCGACCGUUAUUUUCCUCCGUAUAUGAGGAAACAAUGCAAGUAGAUUGACUUAUUUCCUUACUUGAUGAUGCUAUGAUAUAAUCCUUCCUCUUUGAUAAGGAAAAGCUGAAUAACAGCGCCUGAAA